ACUUGAAAGCCGGACAUCCAUAGUGACGCUCACGUUUUGCCCUCUUUCAAUGUAAAUUCGGUACUGUGAUUGACAAGGUCCUAUUCAAAUAAAACAUCCCUUGGAAAGCCUGAACACUUUUUUUCUUGCACUGUAUGGAGGCGUGGAGCUCUCACUUUUGACAUUCUCCCUGCAGUAGCUGUUCCUCAAGGCAGACUAGCGAACUCCAAUGACAUCACCCGGCCACCGAAUGGGGGAAGUUCGCGUUUAAAGUCAGAAAACACUUUCUGUGGAGUGAGCUAUGUUUUCACACACUAAGACUUGUUUGGACGCAUCGGUUUAAUUGGAGCAUAAAACAGUUCUAAACCAGACAAUGCCGUGCUAAAUUCCGUGGGAAUAGUUUGUUAUUAAAACACCUUGAGUUCACUACACCGCCAACAAGCCCCCACCUCAACAACGCCAGUUUUAAGAUUGAGGUGCAGAACUGUUUGAGAACCGCGUUACUGAUGGCUGUUUGAACGCUUGCUCUGCGGAACUGCGGCGCGGGAGGGGAGCGACGGGAGACGGCUUCUCUGGACUUGAUUUCUCGCCUAUGGACGACAGCAGUCCCCUUUCUCCAAAGGCAAAUGCUUUCAGUAUUGCCUCUCUGAUUUCAGCUGCAGAGCAAGCAGGAAACACCACUUUUGACAAACCUUGCACUGGCCUGGACAAUCAAGACCACGAAACCUGCCACAGAUCCUUUAAAAUGCAUUACAGUACUGUCACAAGGGAGAUGGAAGCAAUAUCCAGUCCGUGGCUGACGCAGCUGUCCCAUUUUUGCGAUGUUGCAGCCUUCACGACCAGCAGCCUGAGCAGCCUCAAUACGCCAGGGAGUUAUCAUCUCUCGCCUUCCCCCGGGGACCCUUACAGCCAGCAUGACACCCACUUUGAGCCUUGCCCGGCGGCCCAACAUAGUUACAACUACACGGGGUCAAACCCGGUCCAGGCCCAACAGGGCGAGACUGGGACCUCGAACUGUUCGUCCUCGUCCUCGAGCUCCACGCCGAACAAGAACCUGGUGAAAAAGAACCCUAAAGUGGCCAACAUUAACGUUCAGCUGGAGAUGAAAGCUCUUUGGGAUGAAUUCAAUCAGCUUGGAACCGAGAUGAUUGUAACCAAAGCUGGCAGGCGAAUGUUUCCAACGUUUCAAGUGAAAAUCUUUGGAAUGGACCCAAUGGCAGACUACAUGCUCUUAAUGGAUUUCCUCCCGGUCGACGACAAACGUUACAGGUAUGCGUUCCACAGCUCCUCGUGGCUGGUGGCAGGCAAGGCUGACCCCGCAACUCCCGGUAGAGUUCAUUACCACCCCGACUCCCCAGCCAAGGGCGCACAGUGGAUGAAACAGAUAGUCUCCUUCGAUAAGUUAAAGCUUACCAACAAUUUAUUGGAUGACAAUGGACAUAUAAUUCUAAACUCCAUGCACAGAUACCAGCCUCGAUUCCACGUAGUAUAUGUGGAUCCUCGAAAGGACAGCGAGAAGUAUGCUGAGGAGAAUUAUAAAACGUUUGUUUUUGAGGAGACGAGAUUCACGGCCGUCACAGCAUACCAAAACCACAGGAUAACGCAACUAAAAAUAGCCAGCAAUCCCUUUGCAAAGGGCUUCAGGGACUGUGAUCCAGAGGAUUGGCCCAGGAACCACAGGCCUGGUUCUCUGCCAAUCAUGAGUGCCUUUGCCAGGACCAGAAACCCAAUGUCAUCCCCUCCUCAGCAAAAUGGAGAAAAAGAAGAUAGUCGACGUGAGUACGACCGCGACCCGACCGGCACGCCCAUCCACGGCGACCCGGCGCACCAGCUGAUGUCGCGGGUCCUCAGCCCUGCCCUGCCGGUCCCCGGGGGUCUCCACGCCGUGCCUCUGACCGCGGGGCCCCGAAGCCCGCCGCACGAACUCCGCAUCGAGGGCCACCCGCAGGGCCCCGACACGCUGCACCACCACCCGUACAAGUACCCCAGCACCUACGAACACUACCUGGGGGCCAAGACGCGGCCCUCUCCCUACCAGAUCCCCAGCAUCCGGGGCCACGGCUACCACCACCACAUGAACCCCUCGGCGGCCAACAUGUACUCAGCCACAAACGCGCCCGCCAAUUACGACUACGGGCCUCGGUAAUGGGGGCCCCCCGCCUCUACAGACACAUCACCACACACGCGCGCGCGCGCAC